AACCUCAUUUCCACACGACACUUUUGUCAUCUGUUUGAGUUCUGGUUAUUCUUGUAACCUUCAUUGCUCAUAUUUGGUAGUAAUGACUUUAAGACUAAAAGUGCAUUAACCCAUAUUAUACUAUCCAGUGAAAGCUUUAGAGGAAGUCACCUGACUACUUGUGGUGCUCAUAGCACCACAUAUAUAUAAGAAGUAGGGAUCUAGUUUUACAGCCAUAGCAGAAUCAUGAGGUUCAUUCUUUCAUUUUUAGGGCUCCUUUUAACACCUCAGGUGGUUGUUCUCAGACGUCGUUUUGACAGUGAGAAAGUAUUUCGAGUGAAAGUUCAGAAUGAAAACCAACUAAAUGAUUUGAAGGACCUGGCCUCUAUGAUACAGCUUGACUUUUGGCAUCCUCAUUCAGUUCAUCAUGUUCUCAUUGGAAAAGAAGUGGAUUUCCGAGUCAGCUCAGAUCAGACAAACUUUGCUGAAAAGUUCCUGGAGCAAAAUCAAAUGCAGUACAAAAUUUUAUUCCACAAUCUACAAGAAGAAAUUGAAAAACAGUUUGAUGGAGGGAAACUUUUCCGUAAGAAGUACUCCUAUACAAGAUAUAAUGAAUGGGAAAAGAUCACUGCGUGGAUGGAACGAAUGGCCAACAAGAAUCCCAAACUGAUCUCCAAGAUCGAGAUUGGAAAGACUUAUGAGGAAAGACCUAUGUAUGUCCUUAAGGUUGGGAAACAAAGUGGCCAGAAGAAAGUUAUAUUUAUGGAUUGUGGCGUCCAUGCACGAGAGUGGAUUUCACCAGCCUUCUGCCAAUGGUUUGUAAAGGAGGCUGUCAGGACUUACAGAAUAGACAAGGACAUGACAAAACUAUUAGACAACAUGAACUUCUAUGUUCUUCCAGUGUUCAACAUUGAUGGUUAUGUCUGGUCAUGGACCAAAGAUCGCAUGUGGAGAAAGAAUCGUUCCAAUAACUCCAACAGUGAUUGCAUUGGCACUGACCUGAACAGGAAUUUCAAAGCUUCUUGGGGCUUAGACACAGAAGAUAGAUUACAUGAUCCUUGCGAGCCGGUAUAUUGUGGUUCCUCAGCAGAAUCUGAGCCAGAAACAAAGGCAGUCACAAGCUUUAUUCGCGCACACCUUGCCUGUAUCAAAGGAUAUAUAACCAUCCAUGCCUACUCUCAGAUGCUGUUGUUUCCUUAUGGCUAUACGGAAGAAAAAGCACCCAAUCAUGGCAAACUGAAUGAAUUGGCUAAGGAAGCUGUGGAUGCUCUAUAUAGCCUCUAUAAUACAAACUAUGUAUAUGGAGCAAUUGCAACCACAAUUUACCCUUGUUCCGGAACUUCCGUAGACUGGGCUUACGAUGAAGGCAUAAAAUAUUCAUUCGUCUUUGAGCUUCGUGACCGUGGCCAAUACAAUUUCCUCCUGCCUGAAAGUCAGAUAAAACCUACCUGUAAGGAAACCAUGCUGGCAAUCAAAGUAAUUGCCAAUCACAUUGUCAGCACUGUUCAAUGAAGACUUGCUCAGACUUACUUACAAAAGAAAUUCUCUCUUCCUUGGCUGCCAUUUUCUCCUUGGGCUCUGAAAUUGGCUCGAUUCUACCUGUAAUUAUAGGUUACCUUUUCUGAUUUUUCUAUUCCACUGAUAUUUUGUUGUCUUUUCCUUUUGAUGGUUUUCAAUAAUAAUUAAACUUUGAAAAUGCAGUUUUUAAUAUUUUAGGGACAAAUUUCCUGCUAGAUUCAUUUUAUUCAAGCAUAUGGAAGACAUUUGCUGAGCAAUCUUGAACUCACCUCUUAGUGAAUUUCUGGAUUUGCCCCUUAAUUAAGGUAUCUCUGAUUUUCUGGCCUGGCCUGCUCAUCUAGCACAUAGCCUUUUACAUCUCUGGGCACACAAACUCUGAACCAUGUCAGACCUACUUUGCUUUGAUGUUAUUUCAUGUGGCUGAAAUAUACAUAUAGAAAUAUCAUAAACACAGAAAUACAAUUCAUCUUUCUCACCCCAUCCACCAGUCCCUUAGCAAACCUUCCUUGCAAGUAGAGUGUCAGUCAGAUGAAGAUCAAAAGUAGCACACUUAGAUCAUAGUUCAAUGGAAGGUUAUGAAGAAAGGAGGACUCAGUUCCCGACAGCUUGAUAUGUGUGGGUGUGGCCUUAUGAUCCUUUCCUAAAAUAUCUGAAAUUAGCUUCUAUAUAGCUGUCCCCAAAUCACCUUUGCUGCUGAGUUCUUUCUGACAUUGGGAACAAGUCUUGCCACUAUCAAUCAGAAGGCAUUGUAAGGCUAUUCCAUCUUUUCCUCCUGAACCAUUUGUUUUGUGUUAAGAAAAAAGAUGGGAAAACAUGUGAGAGUUACAAAGGGAAGACAAUGAUGUUUGGACUCUCCCCCUCAAUACAAUUCUGGGAAUGAGGCAAGAUAAUUGCACAAUAAAAGGAUUGUUUCAAAGCAUCUAAUAUUGCAAUUUAGUAAUUCAGUAUUAAUGGGUUCAUUGCAUCCUCAUGUUCAGUUCACCACUUAAUGUGCCACCAUUCAUCCACUUUGCAACAGCUAAUCUACAUUUCAUAUAC